AUGGAGGACAGUGACAACAUCGUCACUGCAGUCAGCUCCGAAGAUGAGCAUCGACUUUGGACGGAGAUGAGCGAAUGCCUUGCCGCCGAUUGCACGAGCCACGAAUCCAUCGACGACACCCUUCGCGAGUGGCUGGAAAUCACUGCCCGGUUGCGAUAUUGCACCGUGGAUUCGCACGACGAUUUUUUAGCAUGCGCUCACAUGUUACUAGAGAGCGACAUCUUCAGGAACAAUAAAGACUACGUGCGGACUCAGAUUAUUCACAGUCUACUGCAGGAAGACGAGACCGCGCCGUUGCACGCCAUCACCAGCUUCCUGUUUCUUGACGGUUGCAGCGAUGAGGCGACGUUCCCGCGGAUGAUUGAGGAAUCGUGCUUCCCCCGGCUUUUAGAGCUUAUAACUGCACAGCAAGAGGACGCAGAUCCUCGAUUGCACCGCCUCCUGCUCCAGCUAAUGUACGAAAUGUCACGAGUGGAGCGGCUGAACUUUGAAGAUUUGACGCUGGUUGAUGAUUCCUGUGUCCAUUACCUUUUCCAACUGAUUGAGGGUGUCUCCGAUGAUGUACGGGAUCCUUACCACUACCCUACCAUUCGAGUUCUGCUUGUUUUGAAUGAACAAUACAUGCUGGCUUCGACCGAUUCUGUAACAGAAGGGUCAAGUACGAUAUCGAACCCAUUAACAAAUCGCAUCGUCAAGUGUCUGAGUCUUCACGGACCCCUGUACAGAACCUUUGGCGAAAAUGUCAUCCUACUUUUGAACCGGGAAACCGAAACUUCGCUUCAAUUACUGAUUUUAAAGUUAUUGUAUCUGCUGUUUACAACAAAAGCCACAUACGAAUACUUCUAUACCAACGACUUGCGAGUUUUGCUGGAUGUCAUAAUUCGGAAUUUAAUGGAUCUACCGGACGAGAAGAUAUCCUUGCGCCAUACAUACUUGCGCGUCAUGUACCCGCUCUUGGCUCAUACACAACUCAAUCAGCCACCUCACUACAAAAGAGAUGAGGUCCUCCGUGUUCUGAGAAUACUUCGUGGGUCCCCGAACGCGCAUUUUGCCCCCGCAGACGAGACGACUCUACGAUUGGUAGCUCGAGUGACAAAGGUUACAUGGAUCGAAGAGAAGGAAGAAGAGAAGGAAGGUCCGGGGCAAGCCGAAGUAGCCCGCAAAUUCCUUGGAAUCAGCCUGUCACCGUCGCAAUAUGCCAGUAGCAUCAGUGUGGGCGAUGUGGCGGGGGUAAUGGAACGACCUGGGGUCCAAACUCCAAGUCGAAAAGCAUCGACGGCAUCAGAUACGCACGGCAAGACCGAUACGGAAGGCAAUGGCGCGGAACUGUCUGCAAGGGCAAAGAAGCCACUUCCCAUCGUCCCAAAACAUCGACAUGGCAUCCCAUUUACUCAGACAGCCAAAGUUUGUGGAAGUGUGAACGGCGAAGGCAAAAAGAUUCCUCCCAAAGCACCACCGCCCCGGCGUUGGGGUCGAAGGAAGAGUUUGACGGAGCAAUCACCCGUAGAACCCAUCGGCGAAGCUAACCCAGACUGA